CCCUCUCUUCCUCUUCAACUGGGUUCCUGAUUUAUUAAAGACCUCGGCAUAUUCCAAUCUGUGAGCCAGUAAGAGCUUUUCUCUUCACAGGUCACACUGCAGCGAAUAUUCUAGUGUUCCGGUUGAACAUAUUGGGGAAAAGCCUUACUUGCUCUUUUAUUUUUUGAUAUUCCGAGUCAAUCAUGUAUAACUGUCCAGCGACGAGUCUAAAGGUAUGCUUUGCAUUGGUGACCUUUGCAAUUUGCCUGUCUGGAAGUCGUGGAUAUACCGAGAACGUGGAGAACGAUCCCAGUGAAUUCGAUAAUUUUGCUCGACUUCCUUUUGGAAUACGAUUUGUCCGGCGCAAUGCGGUAGUGGCUGCCUGUCCUCCCACGGAACCGUUCAUGUGUCCCGGAAUUGUCAAAAAAUGCAUCUCUCUCGGCUUCGUAUGUGAUGGUAGUCCUGAUUGUCCGGAUGGAUAUGAUGAAAACAAAGCCUUGUGCUCAGCAGCAAAGCGUCCACCUGUCCAAGAAACGGCGACUUUCUUUCAUAACCUCCUGAAAUCGCAUGGAUCGAACUUUCUGGAAAAGGUUUUCGGACCGGUGGCAAAAAACAACAUGGAAAAAAUGGGUGGAGUGGCUAAUGUUGCUGUUGCUUUGUCCGGAAGCCCAACCAUCAACGACUUUGGCGCUGCUACAAACAUGGGUCAGGAAAACAUUGAACGAUUUCGAAACAUUUUAACUGCCACCGAAUCCGGGAACACAGAAGAUCUCCACGGGCUGGGGAUUUCCGAUGCCGAAUUGUCCGAUAUUAAGUUCUUCUUGGACAAGCUGAUUGCCACCGGAUUUGUGGUUCAACGAUAGAUGUUUAUAGAUAGCCUUGAACUAAAAACUGUUAACUGACAUGUCAAGCCGCAAUUCUGAUACAUUCUUUAUUUUCGAAUCGCUACGAUCUGACUUUGACUUUUAAAUCUUUUGCUUUAACUUUAAUUGUGUUGUAUACCAAUAAUUUAUGGUAAGGUGGCUCCAGUGCAUUCGUAAAGGUCAAGUGGCUAUGCAGUCAAUAUAUUUUGUUACCUAAAUGCUACGGUUUAGUAA